UUUAACCUGGGUGUGGUCGGGUGGCGGAAACGAUUGAUUAUUGGGUGCGACUCAACAUUCUAACGGGGCAACAAGUUGUUCAACUGUCUAGUCCGGCUGGCGCCGACACCACUGAUUCGAGUUCCGGAAAAGCCCAUACCUCCCAUAAUCUCCAAUUAUUUACCGUUAGAUUACCUGUGGCGUAACGGUAACAACUGGGACAGGUAAACAAUAACGGGGACAGCAGGUGUUGCGGAAACUCCCCUGGGAACUCUCGGAUUACUACGCGAGAUUUCAAUUAUUCGAUCCCCAACCAUCCCUCAGGGACUCCAUGGCUGUUUUUUGACGCAGGUGGAUUUUUCUGGCUUAGUGUAAAAAGUGCCAACGUCACAAAAGACAUGGUCUUAAGGGGGGCAUUGGCUCAACGUCCCGUAUAGAGAUACUCGCCAUUUUGUUCUCACACAGGACGCAUCCAGGUGUUUGUUAGACCACCUGCCGGACUACUAUUGUACCUGAAGUGAUUCAGUGACGGGUUUCCACUAUGGCUGCCAGGAAUUACAAAAAGGUGUUCUAUGCAGGAGUGGUUCUGCUAUCUCUGGCCGGGGUUCUGAUGUUGGCCACUUCUUUGGGCACGGAUUUCUGGAUCCAGGCCGAGGUGAAACGUGAUCUAGGAAAUAAUCAGACUCAGGACGGGACCAUGAACAUAGGACUAUUCAAGGGAUGCAAGACCUUUACUACUAUACAGAACUGUGGAUUUCAAGUGACAGAAGAACAGGUGGGACUAAACAUAACUUACCAGCCCAGUCACCCCAUGGUCGCAGCCACCAUAGCCUUCAAUGCUGGAGCCAUCCUGAUGGGACUCAUAGCGGUCAUCUUCUCGGCAUACAAUGUCUUCACAAACCCCAUAGAGACCUUCGCUGGGCCUAUGGGUCUGUACAUAUGGAAUGGUGUCAGUGCUGUGUUCUGCCUGGUGUGCCUGAUCCUGUACGCUGUGCUGUAUCACCUGUACCUGAGUGGCAACAACCUCCUCACGCAGGCGGAGUUUGACAGCAAGUUCUACGUGGCGACCUCGGGGUUCGGCUACUCGUACUGGCUCGUCCUGGGCGCGCUCGCAGCAUUCCUCACGAAUGAGGGGCUGGUGUACCUGUCUGGGAAACACAUACGCUCCGUCUUCCAGAACAGAAGCGGGAGCAUGAAGGAGCGGCCGAGCGAAGAUGUUUUGAUGUACUGAAAGUAACAAACAAACAAACAUGGUCUUCCCCAAGACUUACAAUAGGCGAAGGACAUGUUUUGCUUGGAACUUAAUGUGAUAAUCAAUUAUGGCAUUGCCAAAUUCAGUACUUGACUUUGACAAUGAAUGUAACAUUUGUUGGUUUGGACACUAGUAGUGCCUAGUGGAACAUAGGGCAGCAAGUUUUCUUGCUAGUUGUAGCAGGGUAUGAAAUGGGUAUGUUUGGAGGGGUCGCUAGCCCUUUGACGUGCUUGAGGCACUUCAAACAUGGGACCCCAAUUUUCUGAAAGACGGGUGCAACCGAGAUGCCCUACCCAGGAUUGAACCGGGUCUCCCAGUUACAAACUACUUAGAACAAGGAGCUCAACUGUGAGGCUGCUACCAGUUGUGCUACAGGGACAUCCCCAUAUAUAACAUUAUUUUGCUAGUAAAAAUCAUACUACAUGUCGUGUAUUGAUUUGAGCUAAUGUUACCCUGCUUAACCUGUAUCAAAUUAGUAAAUUUAUCAACCAGAAGAAGGAAUUCUGAAUGUUAAGUUAAAAAUCUUAUGUACGACCAAAUUAGUUCAAUUUAAGAAUUUACAGGUUGUGAAAUGCUUUUUUAGCAUGAUACAACUAGCCCAUAGCGAUUAUCUUGAUGUAUUCAUUUCAUGAGGAAGCUGAAAUUCUUUCCCACAGAUUUGUCUUGCACUCGGUAUAUGAUAUUGUUAUGAAUCAUGUCACAAAAAUGUUGUUAGAAAAAAGAAAGAACCCACAUAUAUUACAAUCUAUUGCUUCAGCAUGUUGUAAAACAGUUUGAAAGAUUUGAAGUGUGACAUCUGUUAGUGUAAUGUUUGGCAAGUGUCAAAACUUGACACAAAAGUUUCUCGCCUAGAUUAAUAUUGUGUAGGUUGUAGGUUGGUAAAAAUGAUUUGUAUGUUUUGGUGUCACAAAAGAAAGCACAGUUGAACAGUUACAAGUGCCAGUAAUGCGUUGAAGCACCCACUGUAGUGUUUAUGUGUGCUAGACUUGAUCCUAUGAUACAUUGGGAAACACAGUAUAUGUUGUUGCAUGUUAGUUAGGAAAAAGUACAUUAGUCAGAAUGCAUUAAAUCAGAGGCAUCUAGAUUGAACACAAAUGGUUAAAUUAUACUAGACCAAGUGAAUUAUACUUUAUAGGUUGAAAUAUAUGAAGCCUGACGUGUGUGGCAAGUAUGCUUAAUUAGGACAUUGCCGUAACUAUAAGCAAAAAUUCAUAGAAAGAUUCAGAUGAACUGUGAAUGGCAAGAAAUAUAAUGCUAUCUUUCUUUCCAUUCAGUGUAUGAGACAGCACUUUUACAAACAACCACCUUAUGUUAACUACCAUUGACUUGAAAUUUGGAAAAUCUUACCAACUUUCGAGUCAAAUGACUGAAAAUAGAUGACAAAGACAUCUGAAUACAUUUGUAUAGACUGUGAGAUGGACUUGACUACUGUUGGUUUCUUUCCAAAUUUCUAGUUAUUUGAAGGGACCAAAGUUUAAAGUUGUGUCAGAAAUCAUUGGAAUUAUUAUUAUUAGAUGUUCACCACAAGUUGAACCUAUCAGAAUAUGUACAUAUCACCGUGUUAAAAACAAAAGAAACUGACUCAUCUUCUCAUCAAUUCACUUUGUAACUCAUGAAGAUGUAAAUGAGUAGAAAGCAUUCCAUGGUCUUAUGAAUAAAAUCAGAGAUUAUCCAUGAGA